GUGUUCCGCGCAGCAAGACAAACAUAUAGGUUAAAAUCGAUCGGAAUUUUCCAGAAACCAAUUUUCACUGUUUAGCUAAUAGUAGUUACAAUUAAAAUGCGUAUAACAAGAAUGCUUUGGACGUACAGAGUUCACGAUAUUCCAUAUCGGUUUCGUGGGAAACAUCGUAAAGAAAAACGAGUGACUCUGAAGGAUAUUGUUGAUUUUAAGAACGAUCUCGAAAGAGAAGAGAAGAACAUGUUGAUUCUGAGACAUCCUUACCUCACUAGCGAACAGAGUCACGGACACAUGAAGGAAUUUAAAGCUGCACGUAUGAAUGCGACGGUGAACGGCUGGUAUGAAGCAGCCAAUGAAAAAUUUAACAAAAAGAUCACUAUAGCGGACAGGCUGCAUCAUUUGACCGUUACUGAGCGUUGGGAUUAAAAUUCGUAUUAGAAAAAGUAGGUAUAAUAUGAUUAUUCAAUGGAAGAUGAAAGAUGGAUCGUAUGAUUUAACGCUUAAUACUGCAGAAAAUGAUACAAUCACGUGUAAUAUAAACUUUUCAUUUCAUUUUCUUUUAAUAAUAAUAAUAAUAAUAAAAAUAGAUUAACAAAA